AUGUCUCAAUUCCGCGCCGCAAAGAAGCUCGAUAUCGGCUGCUUCACCAAGAUCCGCAAUAUUCGCGACCACACGAAGCGGAAGGUGUACGCCGAGAACGAGCCUGAACGACAAGCUCUGCGAUACAUCAUCCGGAAUACCACGCUACCGCAGCGAGUCCGCGCCCAAGCCCAGCUCCAGCUGUCCGAGAUGCACUGCUACACGAGGUUCACACAGAUCAAGAACAGGUGCAUAAUGGGAGGGAAGGGACGCGGUGUAUUCAGCGACUUCAGGCUUGGAAGAUACCAAUUCCGAAUCAACGCGCUUGCCGGGAACUUGCCGGGUGUGAGGAAGGCGAGUUGGUAGACAGAUCGUGGUGUGCAGAAUCUGUAGAACGUGUACAUUAUGAUGAGACAAUAUAUCAGCAUUGGGCGGCGUUCGUGUCGGAUCGUACAUGUGGAAUUGGAAAGGUCGUUCUUGUUUCCAGAUUUCGACUUCACCAACGCUCCUUCUCUCCCAGUUUGCCCUCACCGGACACUCACCGCUCACGGUAGGUAAAAACGGGGCUCCCGGACGCAAACAAACAUGCCCCACUCAGCAAAUUGACAACUCCGAUACUCUCGCAUUCGACGACAACACUGGACUCAUGCAAGUCUCGCAUCAACAACUCUAGAGUGAUACAAGACCUGGAACAUCCAGUCACCUUUCCCACCGUCAAGCCUCCCCGACAUGUUCCGCC